GCCUCCCGGCCGCCGGGGCGCACGGAUUGGCCGGCGCGCGCGCGUGUGCGUGAGUGUCGGGGAGGCGCCGGGGUCCCGUCGCGGCCGGGGCGCGCGCGUGUCGCCCCCCCUCCUGCCCUGCGCCGCGGAGCCGGAGCCGACGGUGUAGACCCGGGGCAACACCGCAGGCUGCCGGCGGCGGGAGGGACGCGCCCUGCGCAGGAUGGUUUGGAGCUAGAGGAGGCGACGCGGGGGGCCCGAGGCCAGCGCCCCGCGCCCCGCUGCUUUCCGAGACCCCCGGGGUCCUUCGCUGUCUUCACGUUGGGUAACCUGACGGUGGACGGACUUGGCUUCCUGCAGAGGACACAUCCCCGAGGGCGUCGGGGCGCACGCGCGGGGUCCCAAGGGAUGGCUCGCCCCCCCGGUCCUCGCUGAGACAUGGUUGCCGCCGGCCUGCGGAAUGACCCCGUCCUCCCAGCCCCGUCGAGCCUGGGGACCACCUGAGGUGCAGACCAGCCGCUGUGGAGCCCGUGUCCUCUCCCCGUGACCUUUAGGGACCCUCCAGCAUGACCCCGAGCGCCCCCGUCGUCUGCUCGCCGUGCAGGCGAAACCAGGGGGCCGGUUUCUAGCCCCCCCGCCACCCGCUGGUCCCCCAUCCCGGCAGGGCUGCUCGCGGUCCCCGGCCCCCCACUGCCCGGCGUCGCCCAUGGCUGGGCAGGCCCGCGGGCCGAGGCCGUGAGCAUGAGGCACUGCCCGGACAGCUGCAGCCAGUGGCCGCCCGCACCCAGGGAGAGGCUCUGCUGCCCCGGGGGCGCCCGGCGCGGGCCCCGAGGCUGCCCCGAGUGCCGCGGAGAGGACCCGCUCGUGUUCCACGUGGACGCGAGGCAGAUGAACUUGCUGGCGGUGCUCCAGGUGCAGGCGGAAGGGGGCGAGGGCUGGGCCGGCUUCCCGCGCUUCCGGAAGGGCACGCGAUGGAGCCUGGGCUGCGGGCUCCUCAUCGCGACCCUGGUGACGGCGUCCUACGUCCUCUCGGGGGCCCACCAGGAGCUGCUCAUGGCGCCCCCCUUCCACGCCGGGGGCUUCCCCGGCAACCCCGGGAUGCUGGACGGGGACAGCCCCGGCGACCCAAAGGUCAGUAACGUCUCCUAUGUGAAGGACUAUCCCAGCAUCAAAGCCACCAUCGACAGCAUCACCGCCCGCAUCUCGUUCACCCCCCGGCAGCUCCCGGACCCCGAGGAUCUCCGGAAGCAGGAGUUGCACAUGUUUUCCGUGAUCCCCAGUAAAUUUCUCCCAAACAGCAAGAGCCCCUGCUGGUACGAGGAGUUCACGGGCAGGAACGCCACCGACCCCUACCUGACCAACUCCUACGCGCUGUACUCCAAGCGCUUCCGCUCCACCUUCGACAGCCUGCGCAAGGCCUUCUGGGGGCACCUGGCCCACGCCCACGGGCGCCACUUCCGCCUGCGCUGCCUGCCCCACUUCUACAUCAUCGGGCAGCCCAAGUGCGGCACCACCGACCUCUACGACCGCCUCCGCCUGCACCCCGAGGUCAAGUUCUCGGCCAUCAAAGAGCCGCACUGGUGGACGCGGAAGAGGUUUGGGAUCGUGCGCCUGAGGGACGGGCUGCGGGACCGCUACCCUGUGGAAGACUACCUGGACCUGUUCGACCUGGCGGCUCACCAGAUUCACCAAGGCCUGCAGGCCAGCUCGGAAAAGGAGCAGAGCAAGAUGAACAGGCUGAUUAUCGGCGAGGCCAGCGCCUCCACCAUGUGGGAUAACAACGCGUGGACCUUCUUCUACGACAACAGCACGGCCGGCGAGCCCCCGUUCCUCACGCAGGACUUCAUCCACGCCUUCCAGCCCGACGCCAAGCUCAUCGUCAUGCUGAGGGACCCCGUGGAGAGGCUGUACUCGGACUAUCUCUACUUCGCGAGCUCCAACAAGUCGGCGGACGACUUCCACGACAAGGUGACGGAGGCGCUGCAGCUGUUCGAGACCUGCGUGCUCGACUCCUCGCUGCGCGCCUGCGCCUACAACAACUGCCUCAGCAACGCCAUGCCGGUGAGGCUGCAGGUGGGGCUGUACGUCGUGUACCUGCUCGACUGGCUCACGGUCUUCCGGAAGGAGCAGUUCCUGGUGCUGCGGCUGGAGGACCACGCCACCAACGUCAGGGACACCAUGCACAGGGUCUUCCGCUUCCUCAGCCUCGGGCCCCUGAGCGAGAAGCAGGAGGCCCUGAUGACCAAGAGCCCGGCGUCCAACGUGCGGCGCCCGGAGGACCGCAGCCUGGGCCCCAUGUGGCCCGUCACGCAGAGCAUCCUGCGGGACUUCUACGGCCCCUUCAACACCCGCCUGGCGCAGGUGCUGGCCGACGACGCCUUCGCCUGGAGGGGCACCUGAGGCAGAGCCGGCAGCCCACCAGCCCUCGCCACGUCACUUCCGCAGAGGAGGGGGAGGCCCUGGAUGGAGGGACCGUCGCGGCGAGGAGGGCCGAGUCCCGCCUCAGUGCCCUCCUGGGCCCGGCCCAGCCCGGCACUUCUGAACUUCCUGCCUGCGGCUCCGGGCCCUUCCGCUGGCUCCUGUCUGCUCCCGCCUGCCCUCUGUGGGGGCAGGGAGCAGGUGCCGGGGUCUGUCUGCAGAGCUUCCUGGGAGGAAUCCGCCGCCCAGGGGCCGAGGACCCGAGCCCCCGACCGUGAACUUCUCACUGUGUCCGCGCUCUCACUGGCCCGCGCGCUCGGGGGCGCCGCGUCUCUCUCCUCCCCGCCCGGGCAGUGCCUCCGCGUCUCUCUCUCCUCGGAGCAGGGUGUGCCCGCGGUGGCACGUCCCGUCCGUCCGUCCUGUCUCCGUCCGUUCAUCUGUCCCCUCGCCAUGCUCCUCCCCACCGGCCUGGGUUUAAAGAGAACACGACGCAGUUUUACACCGGCUGCUCCCGCGCUCCACGCCUGCCCCGCGUGUUCCUCCAGAGUUUACUCCGUUUGUAAUUGGAAAAUAAACGCGGCCGCUCACCCGGAGAGAAACUGUGGCCCCCAGUGUGGCCCCCA